AAAUGUACAGCCAGACAAAAUUACAACCCGAAACCUGAUGAUCGUCUUCAAGCGCCAGUGCAACACGCGACUCCCUCGAGGACGGGACGAUUCGUCUGAUCGAUUACUAACGAUUACCCCUCGAAUUUACGUACAAUUUGUAUUUAGUUACUAUUAGCUACCGCUACCACUAAUGAAUUGAGAGCACCCACUGUUGUACGCAAAAUUCUCCCAACAAGACUCUGCCGCAAAGACAAAGUAAAUAAACAGUGAAGAGGAGGAGAACAAUUAAUUGUUCAAGCGGAAGUGGAUUCUAUACACACUAAUUGAAUUCUUGAUCUAGGAGUGCGAGACGGGCUGAGGAUGCCACCACCAGUGGAAGCUAUCGUUGUGAGAAAUGCGCGAAAAUGUCUCGGAGAUGGAUCUGCUAUUUUUGAUGGGCUCAAUAUGACCGUACGGAGGGGCACAAUCUACGGCUUAUUAGGCGCGAGUGGUUGUGGGAAGACAACUCUGCUCUCCUGCAUCGUGGGAAUCCGAAAAUUGGAUAGCGGUGAGGUAUGGGUAUUGGGUGGUCACCCAGGGAGUAAAUCCUCAUCAAUACCAGGGCCCCAAGUAGGCUACAUGCCGCAAGAGAUAUCUCUCGUCCAGGAAUUCACAGUUAUCGGUGCCCUCUACUACUUCGGUCGAAUAAACGGUCUUGAAGAUGACGCCAUCCAGUCCCGCUACACCUUCCUCUCGGACUUGCUGCAGCUCCCCCCGAAGAACCGUCUGAUCAAGCACAUGAGCGGUGGCCAACAGCGAAGGGUAUCAUUUGCCUGUGCACUGGUGCACGAUCCAGAGCUCCUGAUUCUAGACGAGCCAACAGUUGGGCUAGAUCCCCUGUUGCGCGAGAAUAUCUGGAAUUUCCUGGUCAACUUGGCCCGAUCAGGUGGUACGACGAUAAUCAUCACGACCCACUACAUCGAGGAAGCCAAGGAGGCGAAUAAAAUUGGUCUCCUCAGGUGUGGAAAGCUCCUCGCUGAAGCGUCACCUGGUAAACUCCUCGCUAGAUGCAACUGUGACUCCCUGGAGGAGGCGUUUCUCCUUCUGAGCCAGAAGCAAAACGACUCACAGGUGUAUCGACAGAACAGUCUCGUCGAUACUGAGCUGGAGGAGAUCAGGAACGACAGGCAUCCUGAUCAAAAUCGAAGCUUGGCCAGCAGAGAUUACCACGACAAGUCGUCAUCCCCGAGGAGAACCUCCUACAAACUCAGAAGAACGAGAAAUCGCAAGUUUCAGGCGUUGAUGGUGAAAAAUUGCCUCCAGUUCCUGCGUCAUCCCGGGGGAAUUCUCUUCGCCUUCAUCUUCCCACUGAUCCAGGUGAACUUGUUCUUCAACGCAAUUGGUCAGGAUCCAAGGGAUCUCCUGUUGGCGGUGGUCAACGAUGAGGCGGGCGACUGCUCCGGGGGUAACAACCUCGGGACAGUGAUCUACGACGAGGAGGAGGACGUCUGCGAUUACGUAGACCUUAGCUGUCGAUUUCUGAAGGGCUUUCAAUCGUCAAUCGGCAGAAGUGCAUUCUACGAGGAUGAAAAACACGCGAGAAAUGCCGUGAGGUUUGGACACGCAGCCGGUCUCCUCCACUUCGACAAGAACUUCUCCAAGAGCUUGCAAGCCAGGAGGGACCGUUUGGACGUUGACUCCAGCACCAGCGGAUGGAUCGAGGUAUCCCUGGACAUGGGAGAUCGCCAGAUAGGACUUUACAUGAAGAAGACAUUGUUCCAACGGUUCUUCGACGUUUACGAGGACAUCGUGAGGGAGUGCAGGAUCCCGAAACGCUUCGCCGAUAUUCCUCUGAAGUUUGAAAAGCCAGUGUUUGGAAGAAUGGAUCAAAAGUUCUCCACCUUCAUGGCUCCCACCUUCCUCCUGACCGUUAUAUUCUUCUUGUCCACUGCUGUUUCAUCCUCGGUGAUCAUAUCCGACCGUCACGAGGGCAUUUGGAACCGGAGUUUGGUGCAGGGUGUCACGACAGCCGAGAUACUGACAGCUCACCUUAUCACUCAGUUCAUGAUCAUCGUCAUUCAGGUGUCUGUCACGAUGAUCAUAAGCUUCCUGCAGUACAAACUUGAGUGCAGUGGAUCGAUGUUGACUGUCAUCGUUAUGAUCCUCUUCAUGGGUGUCUGUGGCAUGUGCUAUGGAUUUCUCGUGUCUGUUCUGUGUACCUCCCACACAAUGGCCAAUUACAUAACCACCGGCAGUUUUUAUCCUGUUAUUUUGCUGUGUGGAUGCAUCUGGCCAGUCGAGGGAAUGCCCACAGUCCUGAGGUGGCUCAGUCUCGUCCUACCAACGACAGUACCUGGAAUUGCCCUGAGAAAUGUUCUGGACAAGGGGUACAGGAUCGACGACAUUCAGGUCUUUCAGGGCUUCCUCGUCAUUCUUGGGUGGACAGGUGUCCUAGUGAUACUGUGCUUCCUUGGCCUGAGGGCCAAAAGCUCGUAAAUUUCCCCAAUAGAUAGACAGAAUUCUAGGUAAUACUAUUCGCUGAAGCAUCGGGUUUGCAAUUGAUUUUAUUAAUUCAGUGUUACUAGAUUUUUCAUUGUGUGAAAAUCGUGAAAUAUUAUUUUAUCUAGUCAAGCCCAUAAGAGAUGGGAAAUUGCCUUGUAACUGGUACAUUUGUAUGAUAGAGCGAAAUAAUUUUUACUAAUUGUUGGUUGAAAUUAAAUUUUUAUUUUUUAUUCGUAGGUUUGAAAUAGUUAUACGGUGUAAAUAAAUUAUUUAUGUGAUGUACAUUCUUUUCAAAUUCAACUCAUUAAAUAUCUCUCUGUAAUUUAUUUAUACAUUUUUUUAUAUUACAUAGUUUUUAUGAUUUUAUUGCUACUUAGACUCACAUGAAAACUUUUAAACGUUGACAGAGACUUUGUACGAAGUUCGUAAGUACCUUUAUCUGCUAUCGUUAAGCAAUUUCGCUGACGGAGAAAAGAUUUUUCGAAAAAUUGCUGUGUAAUGACACUUGAAUCCGUUUAAACUCCAAUAAUUUUCGAGGAAAUAAACAUUUCAUUUUCUAUCGCAUCUUCUCACGGAAAAUUUUCUAAAUUUUUUUUUCUCCGCAAUUAAAACUGUAAAAGACUUCAGUCGCGAGUACAAUAAAAGAAUAAUUUUCCUUCAUC